UCUUAAUGUAGUUUGUGAAUUUAAAUAUACUCAAAAAAUAAUUUUUUUUUUUCUUCUUGUGCAGUUUUAUCAAGUGCUCAUCAGAAAGCCGACCAGAUGUCUCAGCAUAACAAAAAUGAAACGACAUCUUCCAACAACAUGACCAAAAGGAAGCCAGCAGCCGAAUCUGCCUCCGUGCCUCCAAACCCUCUCCUCUCCUUCUUCUCAUCAUCCAACAAAUCAGCAAAUGCCUCACUUCGAAACCGCUUCAAACGCUGUGAGAUUGAAGCCAUACAGUCGGAGGUGAGGAAAAUGUGCAACUACAAUAAAAUCCUGUCCACCAAAAAGAACAUGGACCAUGUGAACAAAAUCUUAAAGGCCAAGAGGUUACAGAGACAAUCCAAGACCGGCAAUAAUGUGAAGAAAAAGCGAGGCCGCCCCAGGAAGCAGCCAGUCUUGUUUGAUGAUGACUCAAGAGACCAAAUGCCCAUCUUGGAAAAAUGCGUGGACCUCCCCAACAAACGAGGUAAAAAAUCCAACUCCCAGGAGUCGGAAAGGAACUGUAAGGACUCGGUCAUGGACACUAUUGAAGCAGUCAUACAUAUGGCCAGAGAAGCUCAAAACUCUUGUGGGCAGAGAAAGGGGAAGCGGAGACUCGUCGAAGAGGAGGAAGUAAAGACAAAGCGGCAUCGAAGGCGACGAGGGGAAUCUCACAACUCUCCCUAAGAGUUAUCUUUGGGUUGAUAAUCAGGCUGACUAUAGACUUGUAUGGGGUAGAAGAACCUCUAAUUGAGGCUGCAACACCCAAUCCUUUUGUUCUUUUCCUGGAUUUUUUUUCUUUUUUUAACAUUACAAAAUGACAGCUUUUUUCAGUGGGUUUUGUACUGCUUUGGACUCUAGACUUCAAACCUGUAUUUUCAUGCUAUGUCAUAUGUUAUGUUGUCAGUAGAAAAAACGACAACUUGUUUUUGGAUGUGGCUUUUCGUUCCAGGCUUCUGAGUUAUGAUGGAAGGUCGGUCUUUAAUGGAAAGUUGCAAUCCCUUCAAUUUCACUCAUAGAAAAAAAAAGUUUUCUAACAGCCAGUGACAAUGGGGGAAAAAAAGCUAUCUGUAGAUAAAGGGGACCUUACUUAUAACCCUAACCUAUGUCAGGAGGUGGUUAUAUAGAUGAGGUUCACUUUAACCUGGACAUCUUUCCAUAUUGGGACACGCACUGUUAUAACUCCCCCUUCUAAUUAAUAGACACAGAUACAUGUACCUCAAACAUGUAGACAUCAAUGCAUAUGAAAUUUUGUUUAUUGGUAAGAACUUAUAUGUAUCUUUUUAAUAUGAUACUUUGCAUGGAAUAUCGACACAAAGUGGUCUUGGCUUUAACGCAUUGGAUCAUGUGUCCCAUCAUGAAGCAUAAAUAGGCCUUUUACUUUUUUUCUUUUGUUUUGUUUCUUUAAUAUACAAUUUUAAAUAAGCUAAAAUCUAGGAGAUGCCUUCAUUCAACUAUAUCAUUAGAAUGUUAUAUCAAGUAUGUAACCUUGAAGGUUUUUCUUCUGUUUGCCGUGCUCAGACAUUUUUUUUUUUUACACACUUCGAUGCCUUCUCUUGAUAUCUGGUAAGCGUACAUAAUGGUAAAAUUAUCUUCAGGCAAAAAGUAUUUUGGCUGUGUUGAAAAUUUUAGUCUCUAGAUGUGUAUUUGUCUCUCGCAAAGUUCCACAAAGUGCUACAAUCUUAAAAAAAAGUCAACCCGACAUCCUUCACGUUUGACACCAAACCCAACUUUACGCAUGACUUUCAAUGUUUGUGUUGACUUUUAGGAGCAGUUUAUUUGAUGACUAGGUUGUUUUUCUUCCACCAAACCCAAUUUUACACAUUACUUUUGGUCUUUAUGUUGGAUUCCACGAGUGAUUAUGUGAUCGCUAGAUGGUUUUGGACACCAGACCCAAAUUUAAAGUGUAUUGGAGUCAUAUCUCAGAAAACCCCAUUAUAUGUUUGUGUUCUCAUUCACACAGAAAACCUAAAAAAAAAUAAAAAUUCUUACCUUUUUUAGAUGGUUCUUAAGAGAAGUUUUCAUGGCUGACGGCAAGCAUUUCUCAAGAAGUUUAGUCUGAUCUGUCCAAAUAGGUAGCCUUAAGACAGGAUGGGCUUCUUCUCAUCAACAUGCAGUGGAAAAUCCCCGCUUCUAAAUUUGUACUCGUUUGUUAGGACAAUAUUCAAAUCUAGUUUACAACUGAUGAGAUAAGAUCUGCCAGCACAAUAAAGACAGGGUUAUUUAUUUAAAACAAAGAGAACUGAGUAGACUUUUUCCACGCUGGAGUUUCCAGAAAAGAACAUCUACAAAAUGGUAAGCUGCAAUUUUUUUAGAUUACUUUUUUUUUUUUGCAAUGUGAAUGGGGACAUGUAACAAAUGUAAAGUAGGCCUUAUCCCAAUUUGGCUGCAAAUUAAGAAAUACACUUUAAACCGAAAGAUUUCCAUUGGUUGAUGUGAACACUUAACAUACGUAACAAGUACCACAACCACCACCAUCAAAUACCACAACUAAACCAAGUUGCCCACCACAGUUGUCUAGCCUCUGGGCAUAGGAAGUAAUUAAAGCAGUUAUCAAAUGACAUAUUUCAGGAAAGUUUGUUGAAAGUGUUAAUUCCGUUAUUGAAAGUAAUAGUACCCUGAUGAACGUAAUGUUAGGUUGCUAAUUGACAAUAGUUGAUUACAAUAUAACAAGUGUUCUUACAGUAUUUAUGAUUUUUCCUCUUCAGCUGUUUUUCCUUAGUGACUCUUUCACUUUAAUGAAACAAAAACUGCCAAUAGGUAUAAAUUCCAGCAGGUUUUUGGUGCUCCCCUCUGCCUGAAAGAUGGGCUGUUCAGACCUGGCAAAGCUCUGACACUUCCUGAUACUGUCAGAAAUUUCCCUCCGGCCCCCAGGUCACUAUUAACUUAUCACCAUAAUGGGCUGCCUGACUAAUAGAAAUCUGUGGGGAAGGCGUUGGCAAGUUUUGACACUACCACAAAGUGCUGGAGCUUUGCCUGAUCGAAAGGGUCAAGCAUUCUGGUGGAGAGAGGAGACCCUUUUCUGGAAUACGGCCACUUUAAGGAGAAUCGGUUAAGGUUGAGCUGAUGCAGGAAUUUCAAUAUUCAGUAUUAAACAUAUCCGUCAACCUGCAAGUCAGACCUAAGAUGCCCUCUUCAGUUCUGACAGUACCUUCUCUGUCAACUGCCUGAUCUCAUACAAUGUAGCAUAUGCUGUCUCCAAACUCCUGAAUGUACAUAACGGUACCAAAAAGAGAUGCUUUGUGGUUAAAGCCAGCCAUACAUGGAUCAAAAGUCAUCCGGUUCAGCAGGGACCAGCCAAGAUUCAAUCCAUUUAUGGGCAGGCUGAUUGGGUACAAUCAGAAAGAAGGAAUACAAAUCGAGUCCUCUAUGGGCUGCCUAACAGGAAUGUCUGCAACUACAGGGCAAACUCUGUUAUCUGAAGCCAUUAUGUACACUUAGGAGCUGUUGGACAGCAUGAGAUCAGGCAGUUACCAAGACCGCAACCGUGGUGACUUCUGCCUGUCAAGCCCUACAACUUAAAGCAAUGCUAAAUAAGUUGACAAUUGUACAUCUUUUUAUUUAACCCUGCCCAGCUACAAUGGUUUCAGUUCUUGCCCAAACAUAACUUGCCUUCUUUAAAGACUUGUUAGGUUCAAACUCUGAUUGCCUUAAAUUGGAGGUAAAUUGGCCACAGCACGAGAAACUUCUGGAGGAACCCUAGUUGAGGAUGGCUGCCUUGAGGCCUACGGAAAUUAAGCAUAAUUUAAAAUGUAUAAAUUCCUUGAACUGAAUUAGCUGGAAACUGAAAAUGUAACAACCCUUUAUCUCUAAAAAUCAGGAUAAAAGAUAAAGUACAGUUUGCUUGCUAUUGAUUUUAUAGAGUACUAUAUCCAAAAAAACAACAACAACCCAAGGCCAUAUUUUGAAAUGGUAGCUGUACAUCAUUGCUUUAUACUGUAGGUGGUUUGGCAAGUUAGGCAAUUUUUGCUAAUAUACUUUAAGAUGCUAUAAUGAAAUGCCAUGAUUCUGCCUCAUGUUCAAAUAGCACCAUAUUUGCUCACAAUUAUUACUUUUUUUUUUUUCCAGAUUGACAGAGCAUUUACAUAUUACACAUAUAUACAUAUAAAACCAUAAGCUCUUAAAAAAAUUUUUAUUGUUCCCCUUCAGAAGUGAGAGACUUAUUUGAAUACAUUUUUUCGAAUGUGUACCAUUUUCAGUAGUAGACAAUGAGGCUGAUUUACUAAAGGAGUUGGGUAUCUUCAACCUAAAAAAUUGUUUUGUUUCAGUAUGUGCAGAAUAGAAUAAAUAAACCGAGGUUUGCAUUUUCAUUGAAUGGAUAAUUUAAAGUGAAUCUUCACACAGUUUUUCUAAACUCACUUAGUAAAUCGGCCUUACUACAUCUGCCAUCAAUUACUUUAUUUUCUUCCUUCUUUUUUUUUGGAGCAAAAAUACUACCAGAUAAUUUUGGUAAUGUGGCAUUAAAACAUGUAGCUGAUGGAGGUAUGUCAACUUUUAGCCCUUUUUUGUGUUUUUUUUUUUUUUUUUUACAUCCAGGCCACUAGGUUUUUGGCAAUAUGAAGAUAUAUAUUUUUUUUUUAACAAUCAGAAUUUAGAUGAUUGGCUUCCUUAUUGAAGGCAUUAUGAUAUCAGUGUAUUGGCAAAAGUUAGUAAAAACUCCAAUUACCAGUGAACUUAAAUGUAGUUUGCCAGCUGCUUAUGGAUAAAAUAAACGUGUUUGGUUUGUUAUUAGCUGGCUUCUAUGAGAGACAGCUGAUAUAGCCAAUUGAAGAGAAGAUAAGGACAAUCUAGCCCUACCUAUGGUAACCCAUAGGCGUGCGCACAGGGUGUGCCUGGGCACACCCUAAUCACCUAUGUGCAUUGGCAUUAUAAAGGGUUGGCACCAGGUGGGUGUUUGGAGGUGCCAGUGUAAAUGCCCGCACUAUAUUAAAGGCGAGGUUCAACUUUAGGAACACAUUACACCUAUAUUUAUAUGUAUAACGUAAUAUGCUCCCAAUUAACUGUCUCCCACCACCAGAGCCUCCUCCCUGUGACAUCAGGUGGUGUUCAUAUGUGUUUGAGCUUUGGGGUGCACACCCUAAUGCAAUAGACUGCGCACAUUUAUGUGGAAACCAUAUUCAGGUGGGCACUUGGGUUGAAAAUUGGCACUUGGGUUGUUCAAUCCUUUAUUUAAAAUGUAUUUUGUUUUCUGCAUCAUCAAUAUUAACUUGGAGUAGGCUCUCUUUAGUACCGGUGAUAUAUUUUCUUGGGCCAUCAUGAAAAUCAAUAAAUGAAACUUUCAUAAGCACCCUCAUGAUCAUGACUAAUAUUUAAAAAUAAUCUAUGUCUUUAUAUAACUCUAUUUAAAGGACUCGUAUAGCGAAACACAUGGCCUACUCGGCUAGAGUGCAAGAUCCUGUGGCCUACUCGGCUAGAGUGCAAGAUCCUGUGGCCUACUCGGCUAGAGUGCAAGAUCCUGUGGCCUACUCGGCUAGAGUGCAAGAUCUUGUGGCCUACUCGGCUAGAGUGCAAGAUCCUGUGGCCUACUCGGCUAGAGUGCAAGAUCCUGUGGCCUACUCGGCUAGAGUGCAAGAUCCUGUGGCCUACUCGGCUAGAGUGCAAGAUCCUGUGGCCUACUCGGCUAGAGUGCAAGAUCUUGUGGCCUACUUGGCUAGAGUGCAAGAUCUUGUGGCCUACUCGGCUAGAGUGCAAGAUCUUGUGGCCUACUCGGCUAGAGUGCAAGAUCUUGUGGCCUACUCGGCUAGAGUGCAAGAUCUUGUGGCCUACUCGGCUAGAGUGCAAGAUCUUGUGGCCUACUCGGCUAGAGUGCAAGAUCUUGUGGCCUACUCGGCUAGAGUGCAAGAUCUUGUGGCCUACUCGGCUAGAGUGCAAGAUCUUGUGGCCUACUCGGCUAGAGUGCAAGAUCUUGUGGCCUACUCGGCUAGAGUGCAAGAUCUUGUGGCCUACUCGGCUAGAGUGCAAGAUCUUGUGGCCUACUCGGCUAGAGUGCAAGAUCUUGUGGCCUACUCGGCUAGAGUGCAAGAUCUAUGACCAUUUUAUGUUCAAUAAAUUCUUACAAACUAUCGAUGUUCCCAUUGUUUUACAUCAGGACCAAUACGGUUACUAUGAUCACACUAGCGUUAAGUCUUCACCUAAGCCACUUACUUUAAUGAUAUGUCUGAAUUAAUUUUUUCUGUUGGAUGCGUAAGCAUGUAAAUCUAACCCUUUCUAUUUCUUUCUCUGAGUACAAGCUACACUCUAACCCAUAAUGAAGAGUAAAAUAAA